AUGACGAAUUUAUGGGUCCAUGCCGGUAGCCUGUUCUUGCUGCUGUUGUUGCAACAAACAGAAAUUAGUGAGGCACGCAGCUAUAACAACGGUCUCAUAUUCUACGAUCUGCGCACGCGCACUCCCUAUUUGCCGCCCACAGUGUCCGUGUCCAGAGGCCGAAAUCUGGCCAGUGUCAAGUAUUCGGAGAAGGGCUCCAUUUGGUCAACCUUCGGCCAGCCCUGCGAUUGUCGAGGCCCCACAUGCGGCUGCUGUGCGGGUCUCAAGGUGGAUCAGUACAAGUUCGAUCAGAAAAUGUGUGCCAACAUCACAUUUGUGCCCCAACUGGAGGAGGCACAGCUGGAGGUCUUCAUGAACGGGCGACCAUCAUCCAAAUAUGGGAUAUCGGUGAGAAAUCCGUCGCCCUUCUGCAUUCCCGUUAUGAUGGGGGUGCCGAUGGCGAUGUGCGUACAAAUGACCGAUAUCGCCAUGGUGGGCAACAAUCUGAAUAUGUGCAUGGACUUUGUGGUGCGGCUGGCGACCACGGAUCUGUUCGAGAUGCAUUUCCAGUGCAUGCGCAUGGGUCUCGAUGGCAUACAGUAUGUGGACAAGAAUGGACAGCCCGUGUUGCCCAGCAGUGCAAAGGAGGAGGAGGUGGCUCAGGAGGAGGAGGAGGAGGAGGAUUACUUUGCGCCAGACACUAAUGAAGGCGCUGUGGAGUAUGACUAUGCGGGUGAAGCUGAGGCGGAACUGCAACAGGAAAAGGAGCAGCAGGGGCUGGAGCCCACAGAUAAAUUGUUGGUGGUUGUGCAGGACACGGUGUCUGAGGAGGAAGAGGAGCAACAACAACAACAACAACAGCAACAACAGCUGGAUUCAGUGGUGGCUGCCUAUGUGCCACAACCUUUGCCAAUUGAAAGUGAAAUGCUUAUGGCCGUUGAUAACGAACUAGCCGGCGAGCCGCUUAGCGAAGACAGCGACAUGGACAACCACAGUGGCAGCGAGAGCGACUUAAAGCAAAACGAAGUAAUUGAAACAAUUACCAAUUCAAUAGAAGCAGCAACAACAGCAGCAACAACAACAACAACCCCGGCGGCAGCCACAAAAUUGGAGGCAGUAGCGCCUUCGGACAACAACGAUGUUGCUGACGCUGAUGUUGCAGCGCUGACGGCCGAAAUUGAUGAAAACGUCAGUGACAAUGAGGUGAAUAUUGAUAAUGAUGAGCAGCAGGAGGAGGUGGCUGAGGAUGGGGAGGAGAAAGAGGAGAAAGAGGAGGAGGAGGGGGAGAAG